AGCCUGCUAGGGAAAAAAAAUAGACGUUAUUAUUGGGAACACACGCGGCUGUGUGUGAGUGUGUGUGUGAGAGCGUCUGUCCCGUACGUAUCUGUGCCUGCGUGGUUUCGUUUUAUUCGCCUGCAACGCACACCUGCACCCGGCGUGCAGCGUUUUGUGCUUUGCCGCUGAAGAAGAAGGCGAAAAAGAGAAGGCAAAGUGUGAGGUUGUGGAGGGCGUUGGCCGUGUCGAGGUGACCCAGCAACUCCUGCGCGUUUUCCUUUCCUUUCCUUUUUUCACCAGCUUAGAGAAGAUACGCGAGAGAGAGAGAGAGAGAGACAGUGGGCGCGUCACCACGGCAGGAGCUCGCGAUAGGUUUAUUUUCUUCUAUUUUACAUACACACACGUUGACACAAACGAGGGAGAAAAGCAUCAAGCAGACGGAGCGAGAACUAGAGGACUAAAUGAUGAAUCCCAUUACAGGAAAUAUCCCCGGCAUGCCCAACGGCGGCCAGAUGAUGUCGCCGACGUUUCCUUCUCCUCAUAGCAUCUACAGCCCCCAACACCACAUGGAUGUGUACCGCACCAACGGCAGUCUGUCCAUGGCGGCCGACCCGUUUCCGGCCACGCCCUACACCCCCAUCAGCAGCCUCUUCAUGUCGCCGUCGGUGCGCAACGCCCUCACGACGCCGCAUUCCGUGCGACCGCGCCGCCCCGUCACGCACGUCACGUCGUCGAAGUUCUCCAUGUACACCACCAUCUACAACCUCGAGGCGGAGCCGAAGCCGAGCGUCAUGGUGCCGAAGGUGCGCAUGCAGGUGUACCAGACGAGUGCCCGCUACACCGGCAAAGAUAUCCUGCUUCGCCGCCUCGUCAACGUGCCGGUGAAGGAGGAGGAGUGUGUGGCGGUGAAGGAGGCGCUGCGGCAGUACCGCCACCCGAACCUCGUGCCGCUGACGAACCUCUUCGCCACGGAGGAGUUUGUGAUGGGGAGCACCGAUGUGAUUAUGGAGUAUCGCUACAUCGCCGGGGCAAAGGGUCUUCAGGAGGCCUUCUUCACCGAGGGCCGCCGCGCAACCGAGGGGCUGCUGUGGUCCUUUACGUGCCAGCUCGUGGGCCUUCUUCGCUCUUUCCACGAGACGUUAAUCCCGCUGCGCGGGCUGCACUGGUCGAAGAUUAUUUACGUGGAGACGGCGGGGCGCUUCUUCUUCACCGGGCUCGGCCUGACGGAUCUGCUGGAGCCGCGCGGCACGGCCGGGCAGCAGCACAUUCUCAUGAAGCAAGACAUCCAGGCGCUCGGCUUCAUUCUUUUCCAGCUCGCCUCGCGCAACCUCAACGUGAAGGUGGAGAACUUCGCGAACAAGCAGCCGCUGCCGGGCUUCUCGCAGAGCUUCUGGGAGCUCAUCAAGACCUGCUUGGAGGGGCACGCGGACUCAGCGCAACUGUGCCACGCCCUAGGGGAGCGCAUGUCAAUGGAGGUGGGUCAUCAGGAGGGCCACACCGACUUCUUGAUGGCGCAGUGCCAGAAGGAGAUGCAUAACGGCCGGCUGAUGCGGCUGCUCAUUAAGCUGAGCUUCGCGCUAGAGUCGCCGGCGGAGGUGCACGAAUACACCUCGGAGAAUCAGCGCUACGCGCUGCGCCUCUUCAACCAGUUUUUGUUCAACCAAGUGGACGAGCAGAACCGCGUGAAUGUGGACUGGGGUCACGUGUACCACUGCCUCAACAAGCUCGACAUCGGCUCGGACGAAACAAUCCAACUCAUUGGCACGGACAGCGGCAACACCGUCCUUGUCGUGAGCUACGCGGAUCUGCACGCGAUGCUGGAUGGCGUGUUUGAUCGUGUGCAGCAGGUAGCACAAAUGACAAGCGAUAUGGACCAGCAGGCGUACACGAUGUCUCCCGGCAGCCUUUGA